AUGAGCCGAUCUCUCACGACGAUUGCGAGGACUGCAGCUCGUAAUAACUAUUAUGUGAGGCCAGCAGUAAAUUGCGUCUUUGGCGUAAGAUGGAAUUCCACAGAAAGCAACGACGGCGGCCACAAGUGGUCAACACCAUUGGCGAAGCAAUUGGCUGAAGCAAUCACGACAACAGGCCCAAUUCCAGUCGCGUCGUUCAUGCGCCAAUGCCUCACAUCUGACCUCGGCGGAUAUUACACUCCCACAAACUUGUCCGAUCACGAUCAAUUCGGUGCAAAGGGCGACUUUGUGACUUCGCCAGAGAUCAGCCAGAUAUUUGGAGAGCUCAUUGGAGUCUGGUUCGUGGCAGAAUGGAUCGCGCAGGGGAGAAAGAGUGAUGGAGUAUACUUGAUGGAGGUCGGGCCUGGCCGUGGUACACUGAUGGAUGACAUGCUACGGACGAUUCGGAAUUUCCAGCCAUUGGCACAAGCGAUCGAGGCGGUAUACCUUGUUGAAGCGAGCGAGAACCUGCGGCAAGCACAACAUCGUCUGCUUUGCGGAGACCAUCCCCUCGUAAAGAACGAGAUCGGUUACGAGAGUAAGAGCAGGCACAAUGAUGACCUCAAGAUUGUUUGGACGGAAGAUGUGCGCUUCGUCCCCCGUAAGGCGGAUAAGACGCCCUUCAUCGUGGCCCACGAAUUCUUCGACGCUUUGCCAAUUCACAUCUUUCAAGCUGCGACACCUCCACCUGGCGAGGACGUGACUAUCCAGACACCGACCGGACCUAUUCGACCGGAGAGGAGACUACCGAAGCAGAACUUCUGGAAGGAGAUGCAGAUCACGCCCAAACCACCACAUCGACUCAAGGAAGGCGAGCCGGAAUUCGAGCUUUCGUUGUCGAAAUCCGCGACACCACAUUCAAUGUAUCUACCUGAGAUUUCCCCUCGAUACACUGCACUCAAGGAUACGGAUGGUGCAGUCAUCGAAGUCAGCCCAGAAAGCCAAUCCUACGUCCGCGAUUUUGCGAUUCGUCUAGGAGGUUCUGACCCCAAUGCUGCCAUCCAACCCCGAAAAGUCUCGGCCUCGGGCAAGGUUGUUGCAUCUGGUAGCAGCGAGGAGCCGCUACACAAAGAGACGCCCUCCGGUGCAGCUCUGAUCAUCGACUAUGGCCCACCAGGAAACAUCCCGACCAACUCCUUGCGAGGAAUCCGUGCUCACAAAAUCGUCUCUCCCUUCGAAGCUGCCGGCGCUGUAGAUCUGAGCGCUGAUGUCGACUUCCUUGCUCUCGCGGAAGCCGCCAUCAAUGGCUCACCGGGCGUGGAGGUUCACGGUCCUGUCGACCAAGCUCGCUUCCUCACCGCCAUGGGCAUUGAGGAGAGGGCCGCGCAGCUGGUCAAGCGGGCGGUGGACAAAGAGCGUGGAGGUGGCUCUGGGAGCAAGGAUAAAAAGGAACUUACCGAGAUCGUCAAGAGAGUGGAGAGUGGUUGGAAACGACUUGUGGACCGCAGUCCGCAAGGAAUGGGCCGCUUGUAUCAGGUCAUGGCGCUGUUACCUUACCAUGCGAGCAGACAAGGCCAACCACCAAGGCGUCCCGUUGGGUUUGGAGGCGAUGUCACGAUCUGA